CCAUCAAUUUGAAAACAACUUGAACAAAAUGCAAACUUUACGUGAAUUUACGCGUAAAACCAAAAGGGGCAAUAUCCUAAAGAUCGUGCGGGAGCACUAUCUGCGAGAUGACAUCGGUUGCGGCUCCGAACUGUGCCGGAAAUGCUUCCAGAACGAGGUGUACCAACUGACCUCCCAGCACGAGAUUCAGUGCAGUCUCUUCAAGUUCCCGCACUACAUCGUUUUGGACACAAAUGUGGUGCUAGACCAGAUUGAUGUUCUGGAAGAGGAUGUGCUGCGCAACGUCAUCGUCCUGACAACGGUCCUGAACGAGGUGAAGCACAAGAGCUCCUCCAUUUACAAGCGCUUUAACGAGAUCGUCCAUGACCGGACCAGGCAUUUUUAUGUUUUUGUCAACGAGCACCACAAGGACACCUAUGCGGAUCGCGAACCUGACGAAACCGCUAACGAUCGCAAUGAUCGUGCCAUUCGUUUGGCCACCAAAUGGUACGACGACCAUAUCCGGGCAUCCCAAUCCUCCAAAGACCUGGAUCGCACUGGAAAAACUGCCACGCGCGUUAUUCUUCUCACAGACGAUGCCGGAAAUCGCGCCAAGGCUGAAGCGGAGGGUAUUUUAGUGGCUUCUGCGUCGGAGUAUGUCAAAUCCUUGGAAGAUUUCCCCCUUCUGGUGGAUAAAUUGUCCCACAAGUCCUUCGACAGCGAGAAGCAGGCCCUUCCCCAGUAUCCAGCGCAUCUUAGCAUGAAAGAACUGCUAGAGGGUCUGCGUCAGAAGAAGCUGCUCCAAGGCGCUUUUCAGGCUUCCAGGGAGAACUACCUCGAAGGCAGCGUCAACGUAGAGUCUUUCGAGAAAGCGAUCCUUAUCCAAGGCCGCGAGGCACUAAACCGAGCUGUGGAUGGAGACCUAGUAGCCGUUGAACUGCUUCCCGAAAGCGAAUGGUCGGCCCCUAGUGAAAUAGUUUUGGAGGAAAAAAACGUCUAUGCCGACGAUGUGCCCAGCGAAGAACGCGCCGAGCAGGAGAAAGAUAUGCUGCAGCAGGUCCAGGCAGCUUCAGCUGCCUCAACUGAGGAGCGCUCGCCGACGGGAAGGAUUGUGGGAAUUGUACGCCGCAAGUGGCGCCAGUACUGCGGUAUUCUGCAACCUAGCCUCAUACAGGACACUAACCGUCAUAUUUUUGUGCCGGCCGAUCGAAAAAUUCCCCGAAUUCGAAUUGAAACGCGACAGGCAGCCAAGCUGCAGAACCAGCGGAUCAUAGUCACCAUCGAUACAUGGCCGAGAAACUCACGCUAUCCCCACGGCCACUUUGUUCGGUCUCUGGGACCACUGGGUGAUAUGGCCACCGAGAAUGAGGUAAUCCUGCUGGAGCACGAUGUACCGCAUUGCAAGUUCUCGGAGGAGGUGCUGAGUUUUCUGCCCAAGAUGCCCUGGACUAUUACCGAAGAGGAUUAUGCUAAGCGUGUGGAUUUGAGAGAUUUGUACAUCUGCUCCGUGGAUCCGCCAGGUUGCACAGAUAUCGACGAUGCUUUGCAUUGUCGUGAACUGCCUAAUGGAAACCUAGAGGUGGGUGUUCACAUUGCUGAUGUGAGCCACUUCAUUCGACCCGGCAAUGCGUUGGACAAGGAGGCAGCGGCAAGAGGAACCACUGUGUAUCUAGUGGGAAAACGUAUCGACAUGGUUCCCGAGCUGCUAAGUUCGAACCUCUGCUCAUUGGUUGGUGGCGUGGAACGCUUCGCCUUCUCUUGUGUGUGGGAGGUGGACCACGAGGCAAACGUGCUUAACAAGCGAUUCCACAAGAGUGUCAUCAAGUCCAAGCGGGCCAUGACGUACGAAGAGGCCCAGGUUAUGAUUGACGACGCCGCGGAUCAGGGCGAAAUUGCCAAGUCACUGAGAAAUCUUAACAAACUGGCUAAGAUCUUGAAGAAACGUAGAAUGGACAACGGGGCCUUAGUCCUAGCAUCUCCUGAGAUCCGCUUCCAGGUGGACAGCGAGACCCAUGAGCCUCUUGAGGUGGAGGCCAAGCAGAUGAGGGAAACCAACUCAAUGGUGGAGGAGUUCAUGUUGCUGGCAAACAUCACGGUGGCGGAGCAUAUUGCAGCAGAGUUCACCGAGUGUGCUGUGCUGCGUCGUCAUCCCAAACCUCCGCCCACAAACUUUGAUCCAUUGGUGAAAGCUGCCCGCUAUCAAGGAUUCCAAGUAGAUACCGAUUCCGGCUUGGAGCUGGCUCAUUCGCUGGACAAGUGCGUCAAAGAGGAUAACCCUUACUUUAAUACCAUGAUUCGUAUUCUCACUACGCGCUGUAUGAUGCAGGCGGUGUACUUCAUUAGUGGAAGCCUCCAGAAGGAUGAGUACUUCCAUUAUGGUCUAGCAGCUCCCAUCUACACCCAUUUCACCUCACCCAUUCGUCGCUACUCCGACAUCAUGGUCCAUCGGCUAUUGGCUGCCUCCAUUGGCGCCGAUAGCACCUACGCCCAGCUGCUGGAGCGGAAAUCCAAUGAGGAACUGUGUCAUAACCUUAACUAUCGGCACAAGAUGGCCCAAUAUGCAGGUCGCGCUUCGGUGGCCCUCAAUACGCAUCUCUUCUUCCGUGGAAAGGAGGAGGAUGAGGAAGGUUAUGUUCUCUUUGUACGUAAAAACGCACUGCAAGUACUCAUUCCCAAGUACGGACUGGAGGGCACUCUGUACCUGAAGUCGGAUAAGGAUGGCAAGGACGGACUGGAGCGUAUCAAGGCUGAAAUUAUAUUCACCUUCAACGAGGAGGAUCAUACGCAGCGUUGCGGCAACUUUGUGUUCCAUUCGUUCGACCCUGUAACAGUGCGACUCAGUCUGGAUUCCAGCAAUGUGCAGCACGAGAAACUCGUAUUCCGGUUGGUCAAGCCCUACAUUAAGGGUUUCAGUGUGGAGACCAAGGCCGAUGAUAAGGACAACCAAGCGCCACCGCCCUCCAAAAAAUCAAAGAAGGAUAAGAAGAAAAAGUAAUUCUAUUUUGUACCACUAAGUUGAGUUAGGUUAAGCCAAUCAAAUUUAUAAACAA